CCGGUCCACUGUGGCCGUCAACACUCGUUCGCCACACUCUGCCGCUCACACAACAGCAACACACUCCUCCACGUCGCCGACACAGGUCACCCUCAACAACACCCGCGCCGUAGCCGCAAUGAACUGCAAGGUCUUGAUCGCUCUGUGCUGCGUGGCCGUGUACGCCGCGCACGCCAGUCCCGCCGGUGCGGCCACAGCCGCCGCCGCAUCCGCCGACGAAGAGAUCAAGGAUUUCCCGGCCUACAUGAAGCGGUUCGAUAAGCUCAACGUGGAACAGGUUCUGAACAACGACCGCGUCCUGGCCAGCCAUCUCAAGUGUUUCCUCAACGAGGGCCCGUGCGUCCAGCAGUCCAGGGACUUGAAGAGAGUCAUCCCGGUGAUCGCCAACAACGGCUGCAACGGAUGCACCGAAAGACAGAUGACCACCAUCAAGAAGUCGCUGAACUUCUUGAGGACGAAGAAGCCAGUCGAAUGGGCGAGACUCGUCAAUAUCUACGACCCGUCCGGCACCAAGUUGAACAAAUUCCUCGACGCGUAAACUACAUAAUAUUGUGACAAUACUAUAACAUAAUAAUAUAUAUACAUAAUAUAUUAUACAGCGCGUGUGCGACGUCUGACAAUAAUACGUCGAUCGUGCAGAUGAUAUUAUGUUUCGCACGCGCGUUUAUUAGUUUAUACGUGUAUACCUACACAAGAUUUCGCUCGCUGUCGCAAUGUGAAAAUCGUCUAUUUAUAAGUUUUAUAUAUUAAUUUAUUAAAUCGAUUAUGCUGUUUUGAAAAUUAAAAAAAAAAAUCUCAACCAUA